AUGGAGGCUGAUAUGUCAUCCGCAACCAAGGAGAUCCUCGGCCGCGUGCGGCAGCUGGUCCCGCCCAUGCUGGAUCAGUUCCACAAGGGGCAGCUGGGCCGUAUCGGCGUCAUUGGUGGCAGCGAGGACUACACAGGCGCACCGUACUUCUCGGCUAUGGCCAGCGCACGGCUGGGAUGUGACAUGUCCCACGUGAUCUGCACGCCCGGCGCAGCGUCCGUCAUCAAGACGUACUCGCCCAACCUGAUGGUGCACCCACUGAUGCGGCAGAGCCCCAACCCGCAGUCAUCAGACCAGUCGGCGUCCGACGAGCCCGCCGAAAAGGUGGCAUCGCGCAUCAUCGACAUGCUGGCGCGCAUCCACGUGCUGGUCAUCGGGCCCGGGCUGGGCCGCGACCCGCUGAUGCAGGACACGGUGGCGCGGGUGGUGAAGGCGGCGCGCGAGAAGGGCACCCCCGUGGUGCUGGACGCGGACGCCCUGCAGGUCGUGCAGAAGCAGCCCGAGCUCGUGCGCGGCUGGCCGCUCGCCGUGCUGACGCCCAACAUCGUCGAGUUCGGCCGCCUUUGCAAGGCCCUCGGCGUCGAGGAGCAGGUCCAGAAGGCGGCCGAGUCGGCUGGCCAGGGCGAUGAGAGCAAGAAGGAGACGGCCAAGGUCGAGGCGCUCGCGCGCGCGCUCGAGGGCGUGACGAUCGUGCAGAAGGGCUUCAACGACUUCAUCUCGGACGGCGAGACUACCCUCACCGUCGACCUCCAGGGCGGCAAGAAGAGGAGCGGUGGGCAGGGUGACACGCUCACCGGGAGUAUUGCUACGUUUUUGGGCUGGAGGACGGCGUACCUCGACGGUCUCUGGGACCACGGUGGGAAGCUAAAUGAGAAGGAGCUUGUGCAGCUGGCGGCUUUCGGCGGUGCUGCCGUAACGAGAGAGUGCUCUCGGCUCGCCUUCAACAAGAAGGGCCGCAGCCUGCAGGCUAGCGACCUGACGGACGAAGUACACACAGCCUUCCUCAACAUCUUCGGGCAGGAGGAUCCGGAUGCUGGAGGAGCCAAGCUAUAG